AUGAAAAACGAGUCUCGAACAGCGCAAGAUCGCCUCUUGUUGACUACAUUACCUGCGGAACUAAUCGAUAACGUCCUUUCCUUCCUGGACAGUCUAGAUUUGGUCCAGACGGCUCUUGUUUGCAGAUUGCUUCAUUCACACGUACUCAAAGACACGAUCUGGAUUCCACUGAUAAAGGCCAACAUUCCUGGCGCCACAAACUUCGAUCACGAAUCGGUUGCUUCAUACCGACAUGCACUUACCGUGCUACACCCGUUCGUCUUUCUAACGCGACAAAAGAUAUGGUUCUCGGAUUCUCGGUAUGUGGGAAAUCUAAUCAUAUGUAGAUAUGAUACACAAACAAGAGCCAUCGUCGGAAACACACUUUUCGCAGAUCGCGGACCGAAAAGUUUCGAGUUUUGGAAAUGGGCACCUGAUGUCAUAAUCCACAGAUUCGACCCUAAAGUCAACCUUGAUCUGACAACUCCGGUAAUCCAUAUCGAUGCUGCUUCUUUGAGGGCUCGAUCAUCAGCAUCACCGAAACUGGGACAGCCAGUCCGCAUGGCACAACGACAGGUAGAACCGAGAGUUCAUAUGCAAUCGUCCUUCAUGCUGGCCAAACCAUGGCCACAUGUCAUGUCACCCAGCUCUCAAAUGUGGCCACCGGCCAUUUUGCCCGCCAACGAGCGCUGUCGAACGGAUUCACUUACCAACUUUUCCGGUUCUGGGCACAGACCAGAGACUUUGUCUCAAAUGAGUGAAAGCACGUUUCGCCUACACACGUCUAUGCAAAUGAGCACUUUCAGUGGGUUUCCCCCAGUGAAAGACACAGUAACUGCCUGGGCCACUCUUCCCGUUGAAGCAUAUACGCCGACAAAGCAAAAACCGUGGCGCGGCAUCUGGGUCGGUGACUACUCAGGCCAUGGAUGUGAAUUCUUGGUGGUUUUACAACCAGAUGAUCCUCAGCCCCUCCCAGAGGGUGUAUUACGGGGUCUCGCAAAGCGAAAAGACCGAAGAAAUGAAACAGCGCCGGACACUCGACUGAGUGCCACAGUGUUUGGUGGAGGUGAAGACAGAACUUCGCGAGGUGGAACGUCGUCGACGAGCACAGAGUCUGAGGAUAUCUACACGGGCCGGCUCGAGGCCGUGAAGAUUACGGGAGACAUCAAUGUCCAGCGCGGCGAGUAUACGUUCAUAGCGCCUGACAUAGGCGACGAAGGUCUAAUACGCAUUGCAACCGAGGAACUGUUCGAGGGUGCUCGUGUGUUGAAGAGCGUCGGUCACAUUGCCUCUCAUGGCUACCGGGACGACGAGUAUAUCACCUCACAGCUCAUUCUGGUCUCUGAAAACCGGAUCGCGCAGUACUGGGAGGACUUUGGCCAUAUCAGCUAUUAUCAACGAGUUGAUAUAGAUGAGUUCAUCAGUGUGUAA